ACCCACCAAACACAAAACCCCCACCUCCAUCAACCAUGCCUUCAUACAUCAACAUGGGUCCCACACCCACACACAUCACCGCCGAAGCAACCACCGUGGACUGCCACAAACAAGUCCGAACAUGGCGGCUCCUCCGCGCCAUCAUGGAACUCCUCAUCCCCACAUGUAACUGUACAUUUGUCCAUGAAACCGAUCAUAAUCAACUUCCGACCACCAUUAACAACCCAAAACCACCGCCAUUUUCUUCAGCCUCUUUUCUUACCGGAACCAUUUUUGGAUACAAAAAAGGAAAAGUAAAAUUCUGUAUACAAUCAAAUUCAACUUCUACUAACCCAAUUCUACUCUUGGAAUUAGCUGUUCCUACAACAAUCUUAGCCAGAGAAAUGAGAAAUGGGUUACUAAGAAUUGCUCUAGAAUGUUCUUUGGGAGUGGGACCCACUAAUGGGAAAACAGAGGAAUUGCUGGAAAUGCCGGUUUGGAAGAUGUAUUGUAAUGGAAGAAGAGUGGGUUUUGCUGUAAGAAGAAAACCUUGUAAGGCGGAUAUGGAGGUUUUGAAAAGGAUGAAAAAUGUGGUUGUUGGUGCUGGGAUUGUUAGUGGGAAAGAAAUUGGGUGUGAAGAAGAUGAUAUUAUGUAUUUAAGAGGGAAUUUUGAAAGAGUUUGUGGAUCGUCUGAUGCUCAAUCUUUCCAUUUGAUUGAUCCAGAUGGAAAUAUCAAUCAAGAUCUUAGUAUCUUUUUUAUUCGUUCUCGAUGACGUUUUAAUUCGUCGUCGUUUUUUAUUCGGGAUUGGCAAGAAAAUCUCUACAAACUGCGAAGAAGGGUUGAAGAAAUUGAAUUAAUAGUAAUGGUGAGAAUUAAAUCUCAGUCUUAGGCUUUAAUUAUUGAAUUAACCUAUAACUUCUUGCAAAUGGUGAAUUGGAAAAAAAAAUUAUGAAUAAUUUUGGGCUAUUUUUUAAUAAAUUUGAGCUAAUUGCAAAUUUAGGCGAAUUAUGUUACACCGGUCAUCUUUGAUUUUGGUUUAAUUUUCUUCCAUAAAUUGGUGUUUAAAAUUUUUCUCCUAAGCUUUUUUUUUGCUGCUAAAGGGACUAAUUAAUGUGCUUUUGGUAGUUGUAAUAUUGGAGAAUUUUUGCUUACCAAAAAAGGAAGCUGUGCUAUUGUAAUUUGUAGUGUUGGCCUUAAGGAUUGCAUUUGUAUUUACAUGUACAUGUUUUUUUUUUUUUUUUUCUU